AUGACACAUGCAAUUAAUAGCACUUCCCGUACUGGUCCUCCCACGACCACCGCUGUCAAAGGCAAUAACAAACAAGGCAUUGUGCCUAUACCUAAGAAAUCAAGAACAAUCAAGACAGAUAAACCAAGACCAUUCUUAUGUCCGACUUGCACGAGAGGUUUCGUGAGAUUAGAACAUUUGAAAAGACAUGAAAGGUCUCAUACUCAAGAAAAGCCAUAUCUUUGUAUCUUCUGUGGACGUUGCUUCGCAAGAAGAGAUUUGGUGUUAAGACAUCAAACCAAAUUACAUUCAUCCAUAUUAAAUAACUCAAAAACAUAUAAUUCACUUGUUCACCAAGCAGAUCAACAUGAUAAUUAUAGACAUAUCAUCAAAAUUGAUGGAAACAAAAAGACACUAUUACCUACUUUACAGUUGGAUUCUAUGACCAAUAAAUCAAAUGAACAAUUGACGAAUGAUAUUGUGAAUUUUAUUAAAUUAAAUAAUAUUGACAUAAAAUCAAAGGAUAAAUUAUUACAAGACGAAUUAGAAAAUUUAUUAACUACUGCUAGAGAAAAUGGAUUGAACCUAAAUCUUGAUUUAUUAUUACCUCAAUCGUUGUCCGUUGCAACUACAACAAUACCAUCAACAGACAAUAUAGAUCCAAUUCCAUUUCCUACUAAGCAAGACACCUCCGAUACAAACUCCACGAACUCUUCUAGUUCGCAAAUUGUGACGAACAAGAAUAAUAAUACAAACAGACAAAGGCAUGCUUCAUUUUCUGCUUCAAGCGCUUUCACAUAUACACGAGAUAUACCCAAUAUAGAUCAAUUCAUAUCUUCUGAACAAACAGCACCGACUACCAAUAAUUAUUAUUCUUCUUCCAAUACUUCUUCAGUAUCUCCUUUCAUUCCUGAUAAUAAUAACAAUAAUAUGCUCAUUGAUACAAUUCAAACAAUAGACGAAGAAGCACCUCAUCAAGUUGGUUUCUCAACUCCUCAACUAACCACUGAUCAAGUUAUUGAAAAAGCAGUAGAUGCUGGUAUAUUAGAUUAUAACAAUAUGGAUUUACCGAAAAAUAUUAAUGGUUUCAAAUUAAAUCUCUUUGAUGACAAUAACGCCAGGGAAGAUGAUCCAUUGUUUGAAAAACAAUUCUCGGACUUGAAAAUCGAUUUCUCAAAUCCUCCUUCUACCUCUUCUCAUUCAAACUCAAAUUCAAACUCGAAUUCAAACUUAAACUUAGGUUUAAAUUCAAACUUGGAUCCAAUUUCAACAAAAGAUAAUAAUAAUGGCACAGACGUAUUUCACCAGAAUAUUUUAUCUCCUAGAAAUCCAUACCUUUUCACUUCAAAUAUGACUCCCCAAUUAGUAUCUACUUCAUCAUCCACCAACAACACAAGUAAUCCUCCUUUGUUGAGCCCUUCAUCUUUCUUAGGAAGGUUACCUUCUUUAACUGAUAUAAUGACAAUGGGUGUAAGUACUUCAAAUGGGUUCGAUAAUAAUAAUCCUCAUAUCCCUCGUGUUCGUAUUAACAAUACUUAUUACAAAGAUGAUUCAAAUAAUAAUAAUAAUAAUAAUAAUAAUAAUAAUACACUUGACACCGUUCCGUUACAUAUCUCUCAUUCAAAUUCGACCGUUAAUAUGACUCAAUUCAAUUAUAAUAAUGUUAUUAAUGUACCACCGCAACUACCACAAUCCUCAGAAUCAUCUUCACAUACAUCUUCAUCCGCAUCUUCCAUGAUUGCUAAUACCAAGAAUACUGAUAAUUUUGAUCUGUCAUUAAAUUAUAUUCCAAAGGAUCUAAGAUAUGAAUCUGAUCAAUGGUUAAAUAAAUAUCUAGAUCAAAAUCAUAAAUUCGAUUCCACGAUCAAAUUUAGAAAUAUUAAUGAUGUCGGAUUUUAUAACUUUAAUGAUAAUGAUAAUGCUUCAACCACAUCAAAUUCUUCAUCAGAUCACCAUUCAAGUUCACAUUCAUAUCAUUUGAAUGUAAAUAAUAAUGAUGAUAAUCCAAGUCCAAGAAACAUUGAUACCAUGAAUUUAAUGGAUGGGUCUGUUUCAUCUUCCUUUGAAAAUAAUAAACCUGUUGCCUCCUCUUUUUCUUCUUCUUGUGCAACCUCCAAUUCUCCAGAACAUAUUGAUAACAAUAUAAGUGAUGUUAUUAUUAAACAUUCCAAUCCAUUAUUAUCGUUGACAAAUACCACAUCAAAACAAAAAUCAGCAAGAUCAAGACGUAAUAGUGUUUUCAAACCUUCUAACUCAAAUUCUUCUUCAACAACAAACUCAAUAGUUGGCCUUCAUUCAAAUAUGAACAUGACUCCUUUAAAGUCAUCAGAUGCACAUUCUCAAAAAAAGGCACAUAGUAAUAAUAGCAAAAGAGAUGAAAAGAAAAGAAGGAAAAGUUCCGUUAGUAAUUCUCUUUCGACUUUAUUCAACUCUAGACAAUUAGAUCUUUUACAAAAUGAGUUGCUAGAAUUACAAGCAGCAUCAGUUAAUGAACUUGGAAAUGAUACUACAACCGUUAAUAUGGAUGAUAUGACUACUACUGCUACAAUACCUCCGAGUACGAAUAACAUUAUCAUACCAAAUCAUCAAGAACUUGUUCAACAAUCAAAUAAUAUUAAUACAACUAAUGAUAUUGCUGUGUCAAUGACCAAAGAAUUUAUAAAUAAUUUAUCUUCAACAACCUUCUCAUUGAAUUCAAUAAAUCCAAACGAACAACAGCAAGAAACAUCCACCUCGCUACCAUUACAAAUUGAAACAGAAAUUCAAAAUGAAAUAAGCCAAACAAAACAAUUAUCAUUUCCAUUAACUAAAUUUAGUUCAAGAUCUCAUUCAUCUUCCAUUUCAUCAUUACAUCAAAUUCAUGACUUACAAUUUUUCAAUGAAGAAAUUAGACAACUAAUUAUUAUAACUAAUAAUUUACAAACUGAUUCAUUCCCCACUGUAACUGAAUUAAAUAAUUAUAUUACAUUAUAUCAAAAAUGGUUCCAUAAAUAUUUCCCAUUCAUUCACUUAUUUUCCAUAAAGCAAAAUGUUCAAGAACAUAUUCCACUAUUAUUAUCAAUGACAAUGAUUGGUGCUCUGUUUGCAUUCCAUUCAUCCCAUUCUAAAUUCUUAUCUAUCAUUUCAACAGUCUACGUGAAAAAUAUUGUUGAGGUCACUCAUAAGAAUAAACCAGUCCCAUUAUGGGUAAUCCAAACUCUCUUAUUGUUAACUUUUAUGGGGAUAUUUACAGAUGAUUUAAAUGUUAUCAAGAAUAUGGAUUCUCAAUUGAUUACAUUGAUUCAAUUAAUUAAAGAAAACAAGAUCAAUUUACCAAUGGAAACAAUUCCAGAUUAUAAAUUACCAAGUUUCAAUAUGUUAUCGAGUGACCAAUUAUUUGAUUAUUUUAUCCUGGCGCAGUCUCGUAUUAGAGUAUGCCAUACCACAUUACUGUUAUCAAAUUUCUUUGCGUCAUUAAUUGGUAUUGAAUGUUGUUUCCAUUCAAUCGAUUUACAUUGUGGGUUACCAUGUCAAUAUGAAAUUUUAUUUUCUAAACAAAUGAUUGAUUCAAAUGAAUGGCUUUCAAUAAUUAAUUCAUUUGGUAUGAAAUUAGAAUCAAAUUUUGAUUUAAUUCAAUUAUCAAAUGGAUUUUCUCAUUAUAAUGAUUGUCUAAUUUAUUUGACUGAUGGUAAUCAAUUCUUCUAUUCAAAUUCUAAAAUCUCUUUAUUAACUUCAUUAUCAUUGAUUAUGUCCAUCCAUGAAAAAUUAUUUAUGAAUUACAAGAACAAUCGUCAAGAUGACAUGGAAAUUGAUUCAAUGAUUAAAUAUUGGGAAAACUUGUAUUUGAAAAAUAGUGGUAUUAUUACACCAAAUAGCACUAAUAUGCCUAUCAUAAAGGAUCAUCCUACAAUAAGAUUGAUUAUACCAUUGUACAUCCUUGUCAAAAUAAGAAAAUGUUUAGAUUUAUCGCAUGUAAUGAAUAGAGUUUGGCUUCAAGAUUGGGACAAGAUGAAUUUAAUCCUGGAAGAAUUAUCUUAUGAUUGGAAUAAAUUAACUAUGGCAACCAAUUACUCAAUACUAAUGUUGGAUUCCUGGGUUACAAUUUUAAAAGUGGCUAAGACAGGUUCAAGAACUAAUUUCAGGACACCAAUCUUCACAACAACAUGUCUUUUCAUUACUGCUUUCACCAUAGCAGAGUAUUUGAAAAAAUUUGAAAAUUGGGCCUUAGAUGACAACGGUAUGGCACAAAAAUCUUCACUAUCCCAACAAGACAAAAACUUGUGGAUUAAAAUUGAGAAGACAUUAGAAAAUGUUCAAAAAAAUGUCUUGCCACAACAUGAUUCAAUGAAAUCGUAUCUAGAAUUCUUGAAAUUACAAUCUACUCAGCAUCAUGAAAAUUCAUUCAACAUCAACCCAUUAUCUGAUGCAAUGAUUAACAAAUACAUGGGACCUAAUUCUACAAAGGAAAUGAACAUGUAUAUAAUCAAUAAGGCAAAGUUGUCAUCAAGAUGCCUUUACUUGGGUGUUAGAAUCCUCGGUGACGUCCCAAUUUGGCCAAUCGCUUUAUCAUUUGCUCAUGCAUUACAAUCAAGAGCUAUAUUUAAUGUAUUGAAUAGGAAACCAUCCUUCCAAUCAGACCAAAAUAUCGUCAAUUAG